CAAAGUUCGUUUUCGUGAUUCGUUUUUGAUUUUUUGUUUUUCCUCGUCAAUUUUGUGUUUCUAGUGCAAAAUUGCUUCAUCAUUGGUCUCGGAGACAGAAUCGAGGUUGCGGAUCUAGUUUCCCUCCGAGAUGGCCCCCGGUGGAGAUGGCCCGGUGCCGCCGGAGAAGAGUAUCGUGCUGAAAGGCUGGGAAAAACUGGAAGAUGACGUCAUCAUCAAGGAGGUGGCCACAAAGGGCAAGCACGUAAACCUCUGCAUCCAGUUUCUGGCCGACCGGAACGAGCUGUCGGUACGCGAGGCCAAAAACUACUUCCUACAAAAGGUGAACGCGUACGUGUAUCGAUUACUGUCGAACCGGCAGCUCUUUAAGGCGCACCACAUUCUCAAGAACAUCGAUCGUGUGCCCAAGUACGUGUUCUAUCAGAUCGCCACCGAAACGCCCGAUCACGGGCUGCGGGAGUACAUUCAGGAGCACCUAGCGCGCACCGUCGAACAGUACGAGCAGGGUGAAAAGGAACGGAUCGCGGCCAACUGGCGCGUGUACACCCAGCUGAAGGCGAACGUGCGCCAGAUGGCGGACGUGCUGAACGAGGUAGCCAAUGGCUACAGUGUGCUCGAGAUCGAAACGAUGUCCUUCAACACGUUCUGCAUGAAGGAGGAUCUCUACCGCAACACCGUGGCCGUCGAUUUGUUCUUCAAAAAUCAAGAAACCGAAAUCUCCCCCAUCCUUGAUCGCUACAGCGUCUGGAGCUACCUGUUGAAAAAUAACAUCGCCAAUCUCGUAAAGAUCUGGAUCCAGCUAAACAGCUGUCUACGCGAUUGCUUAAGCGAAGGGAUCGAUCCAACGCCACACAUCCUGCGCAUUAAAAUUGACAUCUACGAUGAUCCGCGCUUCAACGAACGGUUACGGCAACUAUUCCAGCGCUGGGAGAUCGACGAGUUCAUGCUAUCGCAGCUUUCGCACCACCGCACGUUGGCACGGAACGAAAUCCUUCUAAACGAGCUAGCUCGUCUGGGAAAAUUUCUCGAUCCCGAGCGCUCCAAUGCGGUCGCCAUCAUGCGCCGCCUCUUCACGACAGAAACCUUCGCCCGGAACCGUGAGCUGGCUGAGGCACGCUGGUUUCGCGAACAGAUCACCCGUCAGUUUGUGGAAAAUCGGUUCUUCACCCUGCUCGAUCUACCGAUCGUAAGCCGGGAGGUGUUGGAGAAACUGGUGCAAGACACGGCCACAACGGAGGGCGGACAGGUGAAUCGAACGGAGGUGAAUCUGUUUCUGGAACUCCAGAAGCUGAAACAACAGCCUCCGAUCGGUGAAGCGGAACUAUUGGCCGUAUCGCGUACCUGCUCCCAGUACAUUCUGCAGCAUAAUCGAAGUUUUUACGAGGAGAAUCCGAUCGUAUACUUUUUCGAAUAUGGUCUCGAUACGGCGAAUGAUCGCUUUCCGCAAGAGGACGAUCCAAUACUGAGUAAACUGCCACAUUUGAGCAAUUUCAUAGCCCGAUACAAGCAUGCAAACGAAACUGCGGAAAAGACUACGGAGACACCUAGGGUGCUAAUGGGAAAGCUACUGGCGAUCGCCGGCAUUCCCGAUCCGUCCACCAUACAGUCCCACCUCUUCAGCCAGUCCUGUGAAGAUGAGGAUGAGCGAGCGUUGCGAUCGGAGUUACUACAGCAGCAUGGUAACAUUCCACAUUUUAACCAUCCGUUGCUAAUCGAAAAGUAUGGACAGCCGGUACGGUUGCGCUAUCUACACUACAUCCGACUGGGGCGUGCCUGCUACGCCGUACACGAGUUCUACCGGGAGCAGCUGAAACACUACUCGCAAAUCUCGGUCCGCCAGAUUAAUGGAGCUGCACAGGCAGUUGCCCAACUUGCCAUCGAACGGUACUGGGACCGGGAGCUCGUACCACACGCGAUCGCCUUUAUGGAGAUGGUCGGCGUGAGCACCGUUCCGACCCGGGCCUAUCUUCGCUGUUUGGCACUCGUUCACGGUGAAUGCGACCGAUCCGUACAGCAGCAGCACCAGCAGCUCUCCGUGGCUACCCUACUGCAGCGCUGUGAGGCAGCGAUCGCUAGCAAAUCGCUUAAAGAUCGCGAUCUCCUUGUCGAUCUCGAAGCCAUGACGAUCGUGGCGAAGGUCAACGGACUACCGUAUCCCGAACAGUAUCUACGCGAUCAGUUACUUGCGGUGAACGAUUGGUAUCGCUUUUUGCUGCUGGUUGAUUAUCUCGGCUAUCCGCAGCAGCAGAUCAUCGAGCUAUGUCGGACCGGUUUUCGGGACGAGCAGAUCGGCGCAAAUCUAAUGACGGCGCUUCUCCAUCAACCAAAGGCCGUUCUGGUGGAAGAUAACCGUAGCGUUGAAGUAUCAACUAUCCCAAAACGACGCUCCAGUUUAACACCACGACAUCGAAGACGUAGGGGAAGCAGUACAACUGCCGAAUCGAGCGGUCACUCGAGCGUUUCGAGCGAGAGCGAUGCGAUUUCCACCCGGAGCGCUACCGGCGCGCUUGUUUCGUCCAGUUCCGUUCCCACCAGCACCCCACCGGUCUCGGUGUCCGCCAGCACUGACACCACGGCGCCACCAGCGUACGAAGCGGCCCGCUUCCUAUCGGAACGUUACGAUACGGAUCUCGUUUCCAUGGUUUUGCUUUGCUCGAACGAAGCGAACCCUUACUACCCGGCACCUGGAACAUUAUCGGAGGUGACACACUCGUUCGAUUACGGAGCCUUCACGCAACUCACGCUAACGGCCAGCGGACAAACGACAAAUCGUCAAGCGGUACCACGCUAUCCACACACCUACCAGAACCUGCUCGAUCGUGCAAUACGUCGUCGGUGGCCACUGUUGGCACUGCUUGCCGGUGAAGUAUGUCCCCCGGAUAGCGAUGGACGACGGUAUUGCUGGAUCGUCUGGGUAAUGCUGGCUGGUGAUUAUCCCUUCCGAGAGCGCUUGGCAUCUCGCCCGGACGAGGCUGCAUUCGUGUGCGGACUACUAGAGCAUCUCGUGCGUACCGAUCGCAUCUGCACGCUAGCCAGCUCACUGGCCGUCUUCUAUCCCGGGUCUAACUGGCACCAUCUAGCGGCCUACCUUUCGGUAACACGUGACGUACUGUUCGAUGUGGAUCGGGCAACGCAGCUACUGAUCAACUUUCUGGCCACCACCACCGGGGACGAGUGUUUCCUGUUGCGCCAACCCAAGUACGAAGUGUUCAACUUUUGCGCUCGAUUGCUCACGCUGCACCUGUGUAACCGGAGUUCGGUGCACCACCAGCAGCUGCUGCUAGAAUCGUACGUUCGCAGCGAUAUCCGCUGCUUCCUGACGGCCGGACUGGACUUUGAACGGAUGCUGCGUGUCUGUGCGAUCGUCCGGCACUGUGACGUAGCGGGCGAGGUGUUACACUUUUUCGAGCGUUCCUGUGAUGCGGCGUCCGGUGGUGAUGCCACAGAACUCUACGAAACGCUCUGCGAACGUCUCGUUGCACGUAAAUGCCAUGAAGCGGCGAUCGCUGUGGCCGAUGAGGCCGGACUCCCGAAAGAAAGUAUUAUUUUUGAGCACUGGGUAAGCUACUUUGAGACGAACGGAACGGUCGGGAAGUUCGAUCGGUACCGGAUCGAUAGCGAGCGGUACGGGUUGCGCCCAGAGCUUCGCAUCAACUUCUUCAUUCAUAUCGCCAACCGGCUCGAGUAUGGAGAUCCGGCUCGCUAUCAGCUUCUCAAGCGAGCGCUCGAGCUAAUCCGUGAGUUCAAUCUCUAUCCAAGCGAAAGCUUCGAUCGCGAUCGUGUAGAAUACGAGCUGGCGCUUAGCUACGUACGCUGCAGUGAUGCAAUGGCAGAAGAACUCGAGCUGUACUGUUCACAUUACUGGACAACGGCCAGCCAACGACAGCCCAGGGAGGGAGCGGCUCCCGUACUGUACCACACCUUUCUCGAGCUGAAGGAAGUGGCCGGUAUCGAUGAUUUGACGCUCGCCAACGUACCGCUGACAGUGCCGGAAGAAAAACGACGGUUGGAUGCACUCAUCAAUCGAUUGUUGGAUCGCGGAGACAUUGUCCAGGCCCUGCGCUAUCAGGCCAUCUUCGAGCAGCGUCCCGUUGAUCUACACUUUGUCGUCUUCUGUAUGGCACUGGCGGAGGGUCUGGUCAGUCUGUACAACCUUUCGAAGGAAGAGCGGAUGCUGCUGAAUGAGGACAGCGUUCGAUCGUCGGGCCGUUUCCAGAGGCGCACUUUACGUAUCAGCCUUGUUAGCCAAAGUUCCGGCAUGGGACGGUACGAUGGUUCUCCGAUGAAAAAUAGUGGCGGUGGUCAGCUCGACACAUCCGAUGCCAGCACCACGGCAGCGUCUGAUUUCGAGGAAGUACCGUCUCGUGAACGACAGGAUAUCUUCGAAGCGAUCAGUGGUCUCGGUAAUCGCAUAACGCACGGGCAGGAUUUGGCGUGCCGCGUGAUACUGACGUACCGCGCAGCCAUGUAUCUCGAUCGCGAGUACAACGAACUGCUGAAGCUGCGUGAUCCGCUCGCCUUUCUACCCGAGAUCGUGCACGAGGACUGCGUCCACAAGCUGGAGGUGAUCAGUGAUAUCGUGACGGCCACGGGCAUGACCGUUGAAAGUUUCACCAACUUUCUGGCUUCCGAAAUCGUGUCGGCCGUGGUGCGCUCCAAGUUCUAUCUGUUCCAACAGCAGCAGCACCAAUCCGCUACAGCGGGUAACGAAGAGUUGCUGUGGGGUUACAACAUCGAUCGUGAGUUCCAUCUGUUUCUCGAGCUUGCCCCAAAUACGACGGCCCUCGGCAAUGCGCUGCUGCGGUACUGCGAUGCCUUACGGUUGUACCGGAAGCGUGAACGGCAGGAGGGAGGAUCUGCGAGCGCCAACGUUCAGGAUGCGCUGGAAUCACUGGAUACUCUAAUCGUGCAGACGGAAGCGAGUGACGCCGGUGGUAAUGAUAGCGAUCUGCUCGAACGGCUCGAUACUAUCCUUCAGCAGCAGGUGUUGUCACUGAAAAAGCAAAAUACGAUCAUCGUAGCACUGCUGGUGAAGGCUCACGAUUGUUUCGUUCACGAGUGCUCGAUGGAGGGCAUCAUGGAGGUGCUGGCAUGCUGCAAACAGCUAACCCAAGCGUUGACGGCGGCCAAAUCAUGGAACCUGAUCGUUCGGCUACUCGUCGGCAUCGGACGUUAUCGGGACAUGUGCUAUUGCUUUGAGACGUUGAUCAAGAACGAACAGUUCGAAUCGCUGCUCGGUCAGUUCGAUGAUCGUGCUGCCAGUGGCCGCCGUCUGCAGACCGCUAUCAUUGCCUACCUGAACGAGCACUGCCCCGAGCGCAAAGAUUACUUCCGACUGGCGGCCCUUCACUUCCGAAUGUACAAAGAGAUCGCCGAACUGUGGGAAACGGAGGCACGCGCUACGAUCGAAGCCAUCGUGGCGACAUACGGACAGCGCCGCCUGGUGUCCCGCAAGGAAACGGUCUGCCAGCAGCGUCUGCAGACGACGGCCAUGCUUCUAACGGAGCUGACAAGUGCCAUGGACGCGUACACACAUGCCACCGACAACUAUCUGCUGGACAAUAAUCUAACGCUCGCCCAGCGAGCCGCCUCGAAUGCCGAGCUAGUAGCGCUACAGAUCUUCUUCGUUCGUCAAUCACUCGGUACGGAAAAGGGUGGCGGCGGUGCAAGCAUGUCGUCGCCUGCCAGUUCCACCAAUCCUAGUCCCAGUCGAGCCAGUACUGCUGGUGGCUCCAGCACCGGUUCAUCGGCCUCUCAAGAGCCCAGCAACACGUGCCUCUCGGUACUGAACAUUCGCUCUAAUGACGAGGGCACCAGUGGUGGUGGCGUUGCCUCUUCCGGUGCAUUGCUGUACUACAUCAACUUCCUGCUCACGGUCCCGCAAGCACUGAUCGUGGGGCGGGCUUACGGUGUCGAGAUUAACUGGCCGUUCGCUAUCUAUCAGCACUACGUGAUCGAUGGACAGCGGGGCUACCUGGAGGACUAUCUCAAUCGGCUUCCACUGACGGACGCCAUCAUCGAGACGUUGGUCAAGAUGUUCCAGCUCGAGCCACAUAUAACGCCCGCGAUGGAGCAAGCGAUCGGCACGUUCAUUGAGCGGAUUCAAUCCGUAACGCUCAAAUACCGCCUAGCAUCGUUGCUCGGUCUAAAGCAAACCAUUCACGCGCUCAUCAAUGGAACGGCCGUUUACUAUCUAAAGGACACGAACUACGGCAAGAACGAUGUGGAUCCUUGCGGUGGUGGUGGCGGUGGCGGUGGCGCUUCUGGGAGUGCAAGUGGAAGUUCAACUGGCACAGGAAGCGGUACACCGGGAGGAAGUAUGGCCGGUUCUGUGAUCGGAGCUGGUGUGAUGAGCACCAGCGUGCGCAGUAUCAGUAGUAGUACCAAUACGACAACCACAAGCACAGCCACGAGUGCGUGAUGCUGGCGGUGAUGGAGAGCGAUCUCCGCAAGCAUUGAAUCCAAGACACAUCUAAAAGCGAAACAUGGCCACCAAGUGAUAUUGCAAAUAAGCGCGAAUGACUUUCAAAAGGCUGCCUUAGAAUUAUAUCGUAUUUGUUGUAUCUUGUUCUUAAUCAAGCAAUAAACUGUUUUGUAGUUUUCAUCAAA